CUUUGGGCUCCCGUUUCCAACUUGGCUAGUGUAUCAUUCUUGAAUGCAUCACCGUUAAAUUGUGGGUAGGUUUCGUUGAUCAAAUCCAAAACUCAAUCCCAGCCGUCCAUACACUCUCUUCUCUUUCUCUCUAUUCGGUUUCGCUAAAAAUCACUAUUUUCUCCGUGUUCUGCCUCUCUGUUCCACCUUGUCUUUCCUUCCCCACCUAAAGCCUUUUGCCCUCAUCUCAUUUCUGAUUCAUUUUCCGGCCAUUUAUUUAUUUGGGUUAAGAUGGUUUUGAUAAUAAAUUGUAGUGAAGGAGCCUAGCUAAGCAGCGCAACCUUCUUCUUCUGUAAAUGGGUUGUUUUCAUUCUACUGGAAGAAGACAAUUUCCUGGUUACGAGGACCCAGUCAUCCUUGCUUCACAAACAGCUUUUAGUGUUAGCGAAGUUGAAGCAUUGUUUGAGCUUUACAAGAGCAUUAGCAGCUCCGUCAUUGAUGAUGGGUUGAUAAACAAGGAAGAGUUCCAGUUGGCUCUUUUCAAAAACAGGAAGAAAGAAAAUCUCUUUGCAAAUCGGAUUUUUGAUAUGUUUGAUGUCAAUCGAAAGGGAUACAUUGAUUUCGGUGACUUUGUAAGAUCACUAAAUUUUUUCCAUCCCAAUGCUCCACAAGACGACAAGAUUGACUUUUCAUUUAAGCUUUAUGAUUUGGAUAAUACAGGCUUUAUUGAGCGCCAAGAGGUCAAGCAAAUGUUGAUUGCACUUCUUUGUGAAUCCGAAAUGAAGCUGGCAGAUGAUACCAUCGAAACGAUACUUGAUAAAACUUUCAUGGAGGCUGAUGUCAACCAAGAUGGGAAAAUAGACAAAUCAGAAUGGCAAAAUUUUGUUUCGAAGAAUCCGUCGUUGUUAAAAAUUAUGACCCUUCCAUAUUUGAGGGACAUUACAACGACAUUCCCAAGUUUUGUGUUUAAUUCUGAGGUUGAUGAGAUAGCUACAUAAGAGACUACAUAAGAUAUAGCUUAGGAAGAUUUAUGCAGUUAGGGUGUUUCUUUGCGUGUAUUGUGCAUCUAUUGAAAAAGAACCAAAAAAAAAAAGGGAAAUAUUUUGAUGUAAUGAAUGAAAAUGUCUUCAUUGGUUUAUUAUUGGAGGGGGGGUAGUGACUGAGUUUAAUAUUAGGCUGCUCGGUCAAUUGUAAAGAACCUUCUUAUUCAAAUUUCUAGUCAAAUUUAAUGUUUC